AUGGCAGACGCGCUAGCCUCACAGUUGAACAACACGACUUUGGGGGAUGCAAACCCAGACGCGAAGUGGAAAGAUCAAUUAAAUGUCCCUGCAAAGGAUGCAAGGCCGCAGACUGAGGAUGUGACUGCUACAAAAGGCUUAGAAUUUGAAGAUUUCUACAUCAAGCGUGAGCUUAUGAUGGGUAUAUUCGAAGCUGGUUUUGAGAAGCCAUCUCCUAUCCAGGAAGAAACGAUACCAGUAGCUCUCACCGGCAGAGACAUUCUGGCGCGAGCCAAAAAUGGCACGGGGAAAACAGCAGCUUUCGUCAUUCCUACCUUGGAGCGCAUAAAUCCCAAGAGCACGAAGACACAGGCACUGAUUCUUGUUCCAACAAGAGAGCUAGCUCUCCAAACGUCACACGUUUGCAAGACGUUGGGGAAACAUCUAGGCAUCAAUGUCAUGGUCACCACAGGAGGAACUGGCUUGAUGGACGAUAUCAUCAGAUUGAAUGACGCGGUUCACAUACUUGUUGGAACCCCGGGAAGGGUCCUGGAUCUGGCUAGCAAAGGAGUAGCUGAUCUGUCUGAAUGUCCUACUUUUGUCAUGGACGAGGCCGACAAGCUAUUGUCACCCGAAUUUACACCGGUUAUUGAGCAACUGCUAUCGUUUCAUCCUAAGGACCGUCAGGUCAUGCUGUUCAGCGCCACAUUCCCCUUAAUUGUGAAGUCAUUCAAGGACAAACACAUGCGCAAUCCUUACGAAAUAAAUCUUAUGGACGAGCUCACCCUGCGCGGAAUCACCCAAUAUUAUGCCUUUGUGGAGGAGAAACAGAAGGUUCACUGUCUGAACACCCUCUUUUCCAAGCUGCAAAUCAAUCAGUCGAUAAUCUUCUGCAACUCCACUAAUCGAGUUGAACUACUCGCAAAGAAGAUAACGGAGUUAGGAUAUUCAUGCUUUUAUUCCCACGCGAGAAUGCUCCAGCAACAUCGAAACAGGGUUUUUCACGAUUUUCGGAACGGAGUUUGCCGGAAUCUAGUUUGCUCGGAUUUGCUUACUCGGGGUAUCGACAUCCAAGCUGUUAAUGUGGUCAUCAACUUCGAUUUCCCGAAGAAUGCCGAAACUUAUCUCCAUCGAAUUGGUCGGUCCGGCCGCUUCGGGCAUCUCGGUCUCGCUAUCAACCUCAUAAAUUGGGAAGACCGCUUCAACCUGUACAAGAUUGAGCAAGAGCUUGGAACCGAAAUCCAGCCUAUUCCACAAAACAUCGACAAGAAGCUCUACGUUUAUGACUCCCCAGACACCAUUCCACGCCCCAUCUCGAACCCAUCGCAACCACAUACCACCACGGCUCCCAACCCAAACACCGGAGAGCGUCGUCACAACCAUCAUGCAAAUAGUGGACAAUAUCAAUACGGCAGAAGCCGUGGUACCUAUCGCGGAGGUCGAGGACAGGGUCAGCGACGCAGUAUACAAAACGAGACCAAGUUUGGUGCGCCUCAAGGACAGUCGAGCAGCAAAUCUCACCCAACACAGGUGUUAUAG